AUGUCCUUUCAACCCAACAAUGUUAAGGCUACGUCUUGGAUGGCCAAACGGUAUUCAAUCAAAAACUCUAAGCCUUCUACCUCAACAAUCCAAUCUCAAGCUUUCAAGCUCUUAACAGCACGAUAUUCACCACCAAAUGAGCAAUAUAAAAGCCAAUAUACCGGCCAAUCUAAUGUUCAGUACAAUGCUCAACAUAAUUCUCAAUUCAGUACAAGACAUUUUAUUAACGAGCCCCACAAAGAUGACGUGGUAGCUACAACUACAGCGGCUAAAAAACCUUCGCAAAAAGUGCAUAUAAAUACGAAAAAAGUUGUUACAAGUACUACAAGUGAGUAUGCGUCGACUACUGAGUAUGAGAAGAGAAGAAGAUGCCAAGCUAAGGUUAGUACCGAGUUCUACCCAAGUGCAACCACUUGUGAGAACGACAGAAGUGAUAGGAUUUGUGCUUACCUUUUUGAUGAACCUGAUCCGAUCACUGGACAACGAGACCCUAAAUGUAACUUGGCUGGUGAGUUAGUUUUUUUUUAAAUUUAAAACUUUAAUUUUUAAGUUUUUGUUUACGCCAACUUUAAUUUUCUGAAAAAGCUUUAUUGAUUAUAAAUUAAAACUUAAUUUAUUAUUAAAAAUAAAAAUUUAGAUAAAAUUUGAAAUGUAAAUAAAGAUGUAAGUAAAAUAAAUUGAUUGAUUUUGAAGGUAUGGAAGACAUAGCUGACUCAUGUAGAAAACAAUGUGCCAUUUGUUGCGAGAAAAUUGAAUAUGCUUGUGAAGAUGACCACAGUAAGUUUGGAAGUUUCCUAAUUUAUAUAUUAUGUUUAAAAAAAGUUAAAGUACUAAUUUCAAAUAGAAAACCCUUUUAUUAGUCUUGUUGUUCAUACAGCAGAACUACCGUAUAAAGAAUCGCUCGAAGACUUGAAAUUUUUUCGCUAUAAAGGAGUUUUGUUAUACAGGAGUUUUAAAUGCACUGUGUAGUGAUAGACGAGGUAAUUAUACGUUAUUUUUGUUAUAAAGAAGUUCGUUACGCAAAAGGUCUACUCUUUUAAGCUCUGGAGCCGGCUGGAGCUGAUAGCCAAAAUAAAAAAUUUAAAAAAAAACGGAUUUUAACCAAUCAUUCUCAAGGACUGUUUAAUACAGUAAAACUCUUGUUUAAAAAACUCCUUUAUAACGAGAAUUCUGUAUAACAAACAGCCUUAAAAUCUUCAACCCCGCCUGCAUUUAAAACUUCUUUAUAACGAACAAAUUUCAAGUCGUGAUUCUUUAUACGGGAAUCACUGUAUUUUACUUGUAGUUGGCCACUCUAACUUACUCUGCUUUAUACUCAAAUAUUGUCUUACAUUAACUCUACCUUAGCUUUUACUUUAUCCUAAUUUUUUGCCUUCACCUAACAGCUUAUCCAAUAUAAAUUAUAACACUUUCAGAUGACAUUAUUUCCUGUUCAAAGCAAUUAGACAAGUGUCAUGUCUCUAAGUGGUUUGAUGUGCUUACCAAGUUUUGUGCUGGAAGUUGUGGUCUUUGUACACGAUCAGAAUGCCGUGAUUAUGAUGUGAAUUGCCGUGAAAUCAAAGAUCAAUGUCUUCAGAGUGACAAAAUUGAUGAUAUGAGGGAGAAAUGCGCAAGAACUUGUGGAUUCUGCGUUGUUGGAGGGCAGGGAAUCAAUGAAAGUAAGUAGAAAAGAUUUUUUUAAAUAUUUGAGUAUGGUAUUUUUCAAAAUUUUUUUUUCAGUGCCAUUAAAAAAGCCCCCAGUGCCACAAUGCAUCGACACGGCCGAAAACUGUACGAAAAACGAGCACUUAUGCGCCUCACCAUUGCACGCCGAGUUCAUGAUCAAAUACUGUGCCAAAACGUGCUUCAAAUGCUCAGUCGGUCCAAAUGUGAUUGUACCGGUAAUUGGAACGCCGCACGAUAUUAAUGGAACAGCGGCUGUUUUGAUGCCAGCUUCUGUGAUCAUGGAAGCGGCUGUUCAUAAUAGCAAGAUUUGUGAAGAUCGACAUCCGAAAUGUGCUAUUUGGGUAUCAAAAGGGUUUUGUACUCAUGAAAAGUACACACUUCAGCAGAGGCAGGCUUUGUGUCCGAAAAGCUGUAAAUUGUGUUGA